CAACAACUAGUUGACCAAUCAUAAUUAUGCCUUCCCCUAUAUGGCUGUCUCUAUUAUGUCAAGAAAACCACUUUUCUCCUCCGCCACCCUUCUCUAACAACUUCGUCUGAUCAAGAAUAUCUAUUACCCAUCAAGUUCAGUUUUAGGUUCGCUGACAAACAUAAACAUCAUGGGUGAUGGUCCUCGAGGAAUAGAGAUGUUUGAAGAUCAUUUUCAAGCUUCAACAUCUGGUGAAGACUCCAUGCAGACCCCAACUUCAUCAAAAUAUAUAGGAAGUAAUGAUUCUUUAAGAUCCAUUAGUAGAUCGUGGACUAAAAGAAAAUUGAAGGGGGCUGCUUCAAUCUUGACUAUGCUUAGCCUCAGCAAGCUACCUUGGAUGUCUGGCACAGAUGGUCGAGACAAGGUAGUGUUAACUGCUGCAGAAGUAGAAUCUCUUCGGUCAGAACUCGCUGCUUUGGAAGAAAGAGAAGCUCAUUUCAAAGCUCAAUUAGAACACAUUGAUCAAAUCGUACGGGCUGCACGACUUUCGGGGUAUUUGGAGAUGAGAAUGAGAUGGGCAAUUUUACCCGGAGAACCUCUUCCAGUUGAUGACAGUGAUGUUGAUGAUUGGCUUCCUAGAUUUUUUGUCCUUCAGGGCUCGUGUAUCUUCUGGUAUUCGUCAUGCACCGAUCUAAGCCCCCAAGAUUCAACUCUUCUAUCUGAUGUAGUUGAAGUUGGAACUUUACCUUGCCUGAUACGAGACAAUGAGGACAAACGAUACUGCUUUUAUAUCUCAACUCGUUAUGGACUGAAAUAUGAGUGCUCUAGUAUUUCUAAGAUAAAGGUUGAUUCGUGGUUGGAAGCCUUGUGGAGUGGUUGCAAGCUGUGAUCUGACUGAACAACUAUAAUGAGUUGACGAGGAAUUGACAUGAUUUGCUCUUGGCAGCAACAACCUCUACUAUCACUUUUUCAAAACUUCGGCUGCAACCUUUUAGUGUUUAGCCAGUUCCGUCUGUACAUAAUCUAGCAUUAGCAUACUGCCAUUGUACAGUGUUGAAGUUAAUAUUCGAUAACUCAAGUCUCAGUAUAUGUGAAGGAUUGUACUGAUGUUGUCCUGUAUGACUUUACGCUUGGUAUCUACAAAAAGGAGGAAAGCUUGCUGGUUCUCUGGGUCAAAGGCAUUCCAAAAACAUGAGUUUAUUACAACUUGUUAGCCUGUGGAGAAAAAUGAAUGAAAGAAACAUGUUCCAAUGCAAAUAAUGUUGUGAAUGAGUUAACCUUUUUAUAACCA